AUGUUCAAAGAUACCGGUUUACUAGAGCAACGUGAUCAUAAUGGUCGAUCGGUGCUGCACGGUCUUCUUCCAAAUCCAAUAAUACCUCAUGUGUAUCAUGAUCUAGUAGAUUUCUACGGACCCGGAAGAGCAAUACAAUUCUCGCUUCGGGAUAAUCAAGGUCUGACAGCAGCACAACAUAUACGAAACGUGGCUCAAGCUCAAAAUCCUUUUGCAUCAUAUGGCCAUGUCGGCUACGCCCAAGCUACAGUAGUCUACGAAAAUAUUGCCAAUCGGUUCAUUACAUAUACUGAAAUCCUUGGUAACUGUAUUGAGGAGACACAAAACCGUAUUGCGGUUCUUAGAAAUUCCAACCUCAACGUGGCGGAUUCUGUUCCGAACACCGAAGAUAGUACGGGUGGUAAUGCACUCCAUUGUUUGGUCCUACCACCCAGAACCUGUACUCUAGAAGAUACUGAAAGAACCAUCAAUAAGCUAAAGCAAUACAUAUUUUUCAGAGCAGACAUCGAUCAUUAUGAUCAAGCCGGUAGAACACCACUUCUCGCAGCCAUCAUCGAAUCUACUUUUUCCACAAAUGAAUCCACCACCAAAGCUAUUGUCGAAUUACUUUGCUAA